AUGUCUGGCCUCAGAGAGGUCCUUGAGGGUCUCUCCAGCGCGAAAAUCAAGGACAGGCAAGAAAGCUUCUCCACCCUGCGUCGCGUAUUUGCAGACGACACACUCGUCGCCACCUUUCACAUCACAAGCAAAGGCGAGACCGAUACUCGAGCAUGGCUGGCCGUCUUCCAAGCCGUCUUCGCAGCAGUCAAGCUCGAGAAGAUCCUCUACAAGAAGAAAGAACACACGAGCACCGUCGCCACCGUAACACGACGCCUUGAAGAGGCCGCAGCCUUCUUUCGGUGGUUGGUCGAGCGUUCUGUCACCGUCUUGAACAAACGAGCUACUUUCGCUAUUCUUGACCAUAUAAGAGACUACAUCGAGGAUCACGGUGCGCUUUUUACACCUCUGUCCGCUGACUAUGUCAAGGCUUUAAGGUGCCUACUCGAAUACCGCCCGCACCUUGACCAUGUGGAGGCAGGGAAAUGGACCGAGUGGGUUGCGCUCGCGUUCAAUGUAGUGCUGUGUGAGGACUUGAGUCGGGGGCUCACUCUUGUUCCUGCUGGGGAGAGCAUCGUCGAUGAAGCCAUGUCCGUGGACGACCCAGACGACGAAGACGAGCUCCCCAUGCACGGUCUUUCUCCUUUGAAGAAGCGAAAGCGAGGGCAGAGCGCCGGUCCCUCUCAACAGGGUUCUGCCAUGAAGAAAACGCCGAAGGCCUCAAGUCAGCAUGCCCACCGGGGGUCACAGGUGUCCACGGAGCAGAUUGAAUUCAUGGCUAUAUUACCUAUUCUCUUGGGAUCGCAAAACGUGCUCCCCCCUCCGCCCAAGAAGCCUGCUCCCAAGAAAUCUACUUCCGCAAAGUCCACUUCUAAGGACCAAUCUGGCGACACCAAUCCCAUAGCCCCCCUUGAGACUCCCUUCUCUCCCUUUUCUGCCGAGCCCGAGGCUAUUCUCCAACGGUUGCGCCGCUUUCUCAAACUCUACCCAACCGACGGCUCUCUUCAUAACGACUAUCUCAUAGUGCUCUCAAUCACCUUGGAUCGUCUGGCCUUAAACAGAAGGAAAGAGGUCAUGGAGUUCGCUCGCGACGCCUGGCCGAGUCUUGUGGGCCUUUGGGGAGCCAAAAGCAAAGCCCUGAAAGAAGGACUGGCGUCGGUUCUGACGACUCUGCUCCCCUUUUAUACUAAAAAUGACUCUUCUGUGUGGGGUGUCGGCCUUAAGAAGUUGUGGAACUCGCUCGAUGGCGACAGCCAGAAUAGAUGGAGCGUCGACUCACUGGCUCUGGAAAACUUACGGUUAGAAAUAUCGGGCGACAAAGAUAGCCCCUUUGCCACACAGACGUUUAAGGCUGGCUUUGGCUUUGAGUCGGGCCAAGCUCUCUCCUGGGUUAUCCUCCAACUCCAAUCCGACGUCCUUGCGAAGCUCUAUUAUCUAUCCGAAUCUGUUGGGUUCAGGACUGGCGGUAAGCGUCAGAAGACUGAUAACCCGCUGAGCAGCCUGCUCUCUGCGAUAACGAGACAGCCGCUGCCAUCGAUGCGUGCCCACCGCCUCCAGCUCCUUCUUUUUUUCAUUAGCCGCCAUUGGAGUCGUCUCCACCGUACCUUUCAAUGUGAUGUCUUCAAUACGCUCACCCAAUAUAUAUCCUUCGAUGAUGUUGACAUACAGUCGUGGGUGUAUCUCUGUUUGGCUGCGAUUGCGUACACGGAAGGAUGCAGCUCUGCGCCGGUGAAGGAAGAAAUGUAUUCUGGCGGCGAUGAUCGAGAAAUUCACUGGGACCCGAUCUGGACGCACGCGAUGCGGCGAGCGAGCGUUCCCCUUGUCUGUCGCGCGGCCUGCCACAUCGCCUACAUUCUGAUCAUCCACUCCGUCAACUCACCUACCACUACGCCUCCCGACAUGCCUCCUUCUAAACGGCAGCUCCUCUCAUCACAACGGGUGCUUGGAGAGAUCGAGGUCCUCGUCAAAGACAUAGACGUUCAAGGCCCAUCGCUACCGUAUGAUUCAGUUUGUCGGUUCUGUGCCGAAUGUCUGAAGGUGGCCAGUCAAGACGUCAGGCUUUACCGCAUGCAUCUCGAGGACAAGGUCCUCAACUGGCUCGUGGAUUGCUGGAAACCCGGCGGUAUCUCUGGAGCUGGGUCAAGCGGGCGGCGGACUUCAAGCAAACAAUCACGGGUGCCUCUACACGCACUGUCCGAUGUGAUGAUGCUGCUUGAAGCUAUCUGCGGCCUCACGAAGAAGAGCGAUUUCCUGUGCUCGUUGCCGCUCCCCCAGUGCUGGGCCGCAGCUACGCUGGUGGACCAAGUCGAAACAUCCGUUAUUCGUGACUUCCUGCUCGAAGCCAAACUCCCUCCUUUCCGAACACUAGGAAACCUCAGAGAAGGUGACAAGAUCUCUAUCGGUGACGGUAGCAAUCCGCAGUCGACCCCCGACGUCGAUGACGCAGAGUUGGUUCAGCCGCGCAGCCGGGACCGCAAACUGUCUGCUUUCUUCGUGAAGUUUCUAGAACCGCUGGUCGCUGAAUGGGAGCUAUCAAUCGAGGAGAACGGUUACGUAGCCGCUGACGCCGCGCGGCGUUCAAUCGACUUUGCGACUGUGUCAAUAUGCUACGAGUUUCUCCUUAAUUACAAUGGCGUCCGUCCAAAUCGACGGGUAGUCCAGUUGGCCUGCAGGGUUUGUCGCAUUGCGUCGUCACUGCUCAUAACGACGAAGUGGAGUGAAGACGAAAAGGCGGAUAUUUUGAGAGGGUUGGAACCGCUAUGGGAUUCGGGGUUCAACGUUUCCUCGCGUCACCGAAUGGAGGCGAUGCUGCUGCCAGGUUUCGGCUCUGGUAUCAAUUCACAAGUCCUUCGCUCCUUGACUUCGAGGAGUACGAAGCGAAGGACACGAGUUUCGGUAUUCAAAGACCAAUACCGGAGGCUUAUAUGGAGAAGCGCCGACGUGCAAGACGCAUUUGGGCAUGUCUCAAAUUCUAUCAGGACCAUCCUCCGUACACUUUGUGGAGAACUUGGCCCAGACGGACAAUCACUCGACCAGGACGAUGUUUCCGACCUAGCACAACCGAAUGUUUUGAAGGUCACGAAUAUGCGAUUCCCACCAGUCCUUCCCUCGUCCACAGAGCAUAUCACAAAAAUGUGCAUUUCAUUCCUCGCCUUCGUGCCAAUUCUUCAGUCUGCAUCAGCAGAAGCCACUCGAGAUAAGGACCUCACCGAUCUCGUGCUUGCCUGUGCCACUUCCUCCCACCCUGAGAACUUCCUCCAAGUCUGCCCUGCCCUCCUCGACCACGUUCGGUGCGGAGCAAUUACCCUCAGUCCUAGUACGCUGGAGGCGUACCUCGCCGGUGUAGGCCAUAUAUCGCCAAUGUACGCGUAUGCGAAAAACGACAUCUUGCAAGGUUUGGUCAUACGAAUCUUGGAUUCUACCUGUCAUAUUUGGCUCGAUCCAUCAGAUCUCCUCGAAGGUAUCCGUGAUAAAGUCUCGCAGCUUUGUCAGUGGCUCUGCACAACCACGUCCCAAAGGUUGUUGGGUAGUUGGCGGGUACGGGAUUCGGCGGCCUGUUUCUUGGAUCGCUAUCUGGACUGUGAUCCGACCCAAGUGUCUUGGACCGAGUUGAAUGGGCGCGAACUGACCCGGCCCGCGGAUUUGCUUUCUAUGAUGAUCGCAGACGAAGACAUUCGCGUCCGAUUUCGUACAGCAACUCUCGCCCCUCGCUUAUUGGCCCUCGUUCGCUUGGGCGCUCGAAGGCCUGAACUCCAAUACAACAGCAUCAGACUCAAACUGAGCACCGAUCUAAAGCACUAUGAGCACAUAUUGACACGCUCACUUUGCUUGGGGAACAUUAUGAUUGUCAGCUCCGCAGUCCGACGAGGGCCAUAUUGGCAUAUGCUUGAGACGUGCCUGCACUGUAAUGAUUACUCACCUCACAUUCGAGCAAUAUUGGUCCAAGUGGCCCAGAGGUUGGGUUUGGGCAGUCCCUCAGUGCUCUUCCAACUAUACGCGUCCCAAAUUGCGUUCUCCGUUCGCGAACACAACCCCUUGUCGAUCCCUUCUGACGUACUCGGAUAUCAGAAUUUGUCAGAGUAUGCUGAAGCGGCAUUUCGUCCCUUUACUCCCACCAACCUCAUCGCCAGACCUAAAGAUCUGGGAACCAGCCUGUUCAAGAGUCAUUGCAGUGCACUGUCGAAACGGCCUCAAAAUGGCAUCAGGGAGUGCUUUGGCGAUCUUAUUGGUAUUCGGGUUGCCCAGUGCUUUGCCGAGGAUGAGGAUACUGACGGAGUCGAGGACAUCCUUCGUGAGACGGUUCAAAUGGGAACGGAUGUCGAUGUCAUGGACGACGAGGAAUUUCGGGAUUUACUAGAACAAAACGCCGACUCGAUAAUCACCAGCAUCCUUCACACUCUUGGAGACCAAGACUUUACACAAGCCGGACCGCUACAUCAUGGCCUCCAGGUUCUUGCAGGUUCUAAGGCUGCUGAAGAAUUCGCAAUUCUCAACCGUUACCGAGACGACCGAUAUUUUGCCACGCAUGAACCGCACUUCCCAAUCAACCCAGCCUCGAGCGUUCUCCGAUCGAUUAUCUGGUUGUGCUCUAAGUUUUCGGAAUAUCGACAUCCUGCCGUUACGUUUCAUGUUAUGCAAGCUCUUCUGAUGGAAAUUCACAAAUCGCCACUUGUGAAUGAACAAGUUCGCCUGAUCAACGCCCUUACGCUGUGGGUGGCCUUGAGAAACGAACAUUUCAAAGAGUUUACGUUGUUGCAUACCUUGGCCCAGGGCGCAACUUCUUUCAUGGUCCAGUCCGAUUUGGCGAGGGAUUCCCAGUCUAUCCUCGAGUGGUGUUUCGAAUGCUAUCGAAACGACCUCCAGGAUGACCCUUGCCUUCCUGAUAUCCUGAUCCGACUCUGCUUCCAAGCCGAUGACUAUGCUAAAGAUACAGGAAAAGGAGGUUUCGCAAAGCUUGGUGAUGCUCUUACAGAUUGGAUCGACGGUCAGGCCAUGCUAUUUCAUCGUUCUCCCAUUCAUUGCAAGCAAGUCUCUCGCGCACUUCCGGCGUGGUCUCAUCGCCUCGCCCCUGAAUUGGCAGAGCUCUAUGAGACGAUACCCACUGGGACGCUUUCGGAGAUAAUUGGGGAUCCUCGAAUUUCCUCGAACAAAUUCCGAUUAGUUCGCCGCCUUCGGGAGCUAGCUUCAGAUGACGAUACAGGUGGAGAGCAGUUUGGAAGAGCAGAUUUCUGGCGUUUGAAGGAAUGUAUACCUCCGCCAGGUCAGAUUCAAGAAGAAGACAUACAUGCUUUCGCUGGCUUGCUAGUUUCUCACAGAGGACAAGUGGAUGGCAUAGGGAUGGACCAUCCCAACCCUUUCUCUGUUCGAACGAAACACCUUUCGAGCAAACGCGGACCAAAUGAAGAAGGAUCGCCACAGAACGCCAUCCUCUUUUCUCUAGUUACCAUGCUUGAUAGCGGAGAUCCUUUCGAAGUCCAGAGCGCGUAUACUACACUGCGACUCGUUGCAUCGUGCUCUCCGAUGACCAUACAUCCCAGUUCAUGGCCUAUUCAGAUUUCCCAGACGUUAGGGCACUUCCACCUUUGUCUUCCCCCUCCCCGGCCCGGUGUGAAGCGUGACCUGUCGGAACUGGAGUCUGAAGCAUUUCUCGACACACUCUCCUCUUUUCCUCAAUGGGUCACCCAACUGGCCGUGCUAAUUUGUGAAGUUCUGUCUUCGCAAAAUAGCUUCUACUCUCAGCUCACACCAAUGCUCACCUCCAACCACGACUUUGCGGAGCAACUCCUUCCUGUCCUUGUACACACGAUUCUACAGGACAAUACAGACAAAUCAAGCAAGGAGCUACUAUCCCAGUAUUUCUUGACAACCAUCAAAGCCGCAGAUGUGGCUAUACGCUGCCUGUCAUGCGUGAUCGAUGUGGUACUUCAUCUACGCCAAUUCGAACGUCAGGCUACGGGCGCCGGGAAGAAACGCACAAACCCCUUAGGGCCCGGUCUGCUCGUCGAGAUUCACAUAGAUGAGCCCGAUGGCUUCUACGGCAUCAAAACCAACGACUUGGGUCAGUUCUUGAUAAGGCGAUUCCACCAUGAAGGCCAAUGGGAGAAGGCAUUCCAUUUCCAUGGUGCAGCUAUGGAAGCCCAACAGCACGACCAAACCACCAUGGACGGCUUAUUGCGAUCUUAUCAUUCCUUCGGUUUCAACCAGCUAGCAAUUCAUACACUGCAGUCAUCACCAAACGGUACCUCUUCUCCUAGCAUGAGCUACCGUCUUGGGUGGAGAACAGAAGCUUGGGACCUCCCCGAUGUUACCGAGGGUGGCGAAGGGUCGUCAGUUUAUGCAGCGCUUCGUGCGAUGCAUCGGGAGCGCGACUUUGGGAUCAUUCGAAACAUUGUCCGCAAGAGUAUGCUUCAAGAAAUGAACAAGCUACGGGGGCUCGGUAUCGAAAAUCACGCAGAAAUACAUAGCGUCAUACAAAAUCUUAUGUGCCUUGACCAAGUCAGAUUGUGGGAAGAACCGGAAACACAACGGUCACUAGCGUUGCGGCGCAUCGACGAUGCCCUCGCCAGAAAAGUUGCUGACUUCCGCAGGUUCUCGGAUCUCGAAAACAUCAUGUCUACCCGAGUUUCCCUCAUCCGCUCUGUGCGAUACAAAGAGGAGCGCAGCCAAAUUGGUAAUAUGAGGACGCCCUUCCUCUCAUCUCUGCUUGAUUUCGAAAGGGCUUGUCUACUGCGUCUCUCUGAAGCCGCUCGGCAGUCACAUCAGGGACAAAUUGCGCUAAAUGCAAUUACUCGGGCUCAACGCCUGGAGACUACGACCCGUUUCCCUGUCUUAAAAGAGUUCGCCCAAGUCAUCUGGCUUCAAAAGGAAGAGAACGCUGCUGUUCGAUUGCUUCGGGAACUUUGGGAGAACAAAGAGUCCAGUGAUCUGCUUCAAGAGGCUAUGCUGCUCGCCCAUCUUGGAACCUGGACUUCCGAUGCCUGCCUGGAGAAGCCAGUGGCUAUCCUGGAGAAGUAUUUUACUCCUGCCGUGAAGCUCAUCCAGAAGAUGGAUUUCGGGCCCUCGGACCCUGUUCGUGCUGACGUUUAUUAUCGAUGUGCUAUGUUCGCCGAGCGUCAGUAUCGCACUAUAUGUGCGUCUCCUGAUGGUGAAGAACGCAGGGCUCGCGUGGAGCAAAAAAGAAGUGAAGUUGAGACCCGACGAAACUUGACGAGUAAAAGCCUGGCACUGCAAAAUGAGUUGGGCAAGGCUAUAAAACUACUAGCGGCGGACGAGAUGCUCCUCGAGGAGUACAAUUCGUCUAAAGACAUCUUUCUGACUCGCGCCUUGGAUAUGUAUUCCCACUGCUUGGCGUGUUCGAAUGAUUUCGACGACGACGCGGCCCUUCGACUGUGCUCCCUCUGGUUCGCCAACUUCGAAGUCGAUAACUUGCAGAAUACCAUAGCGAGUAGCUUGAGGCGUGUGCCAGCCAUCAAAUUCAUGUUCCUCGCUCAUCAAAUUACUGCACGGUUGUCAAAGUCGCCAAAUCCAUCGAAGUGUCAAACUAUUCUUUCGAACCUCGUGCUCCGCAUGUGCAAGGAACACCCGUAUCACAGCCUGUACCAGGUUCUUUGCCUUCAACCCAGCAUUCUACCACCAGAAACGCGCAGAACAUCAGGUCGACCUGCUCCAGCUCCUCCCACUUCUACACAAAGUGAGCGCGGCGCAGCGGCUUAUGCAAUAAUCGAUCUCCUUCGUAACGACCAAGACCAACUCCAGCGGUUGAAACCCAUCCAAAUCCUCUUUGAUGCAUCUCUACAAUGGGCCAUGCACAAAGUCACCAAAGACUGUAAAAAUUUCGCCAUUCCAAGUCAUUACUCCAUUCGCAAAAUAUCGAACCUUCGCGCACCCGUCUUGACCUCCCAUUUACCUUUGGAUCCCACCACCCGUUACGAGUCCUGCGUAUGGGUUUCGAAGUUCGACACUCAGUUCACCCUCGCCGGGGGGAUUCAUCUGCCAAAGAUUACAGAUUGCUAUGGUGACGACGGGGAAAGAUAUAAACAGUUGUUCAAAGGCGACGACGACUUGAGACAAGACGCGGUCAUGGAACAGGUCUUCGAGCUGGUGAACGUCGUGCUUAAACGUGAUAGAGAGACGAAGCGUCGUGCUCUGAGUGUACGAGGGUAUAAGGUGGUACCACUAGGUCCUCAAGCAGGUGUCUUGGAAUUUGUAGGUAACACAACAUCUCUUCAGCAGUGGCUUUCGAGAGCACACCAAAAAUACAGAAAGGAAGGCGAACCCUCUUGGAUACAAGUUAAGGAUCAGAUAGCCAAUGUCCAGGCCGCGGACAGACGGCCGCCGGGAUGGCGCCCUGAAAUGGUAGUCCCCGUGUACCGAAGCGCAAUGGAACCAUUCAAACCGGUCAUGCGACAUUGGUUCACGGAGCAACACAAGAUACCUACUUCUUGGUUUGCUGUGCGGCUUCGCUACAUCCGCAGCGUAGCCACCACGUCCAUAGUGGGCCAUAUUCUAGGGCUAGGAGAUCGCCAUGCGUCGAAUAUCCUCAUCCUGAAGACCACUGGCGAAUUGGUGCACAUCGAUCUUGGUAUUGCUUUCGAACAGGGGAAGCUAUUAGCGAUCCCAGAGCGUGUUCCAUUCCGGAUGACCCCAGAUAUGGUCGAUGGGAUGGGUAUCGCGGGAACACAAGGUGUCUUCCAGCGAUGUGCCGAAGAAACGCUGAGAGUUCUACGAGAAGGAUCCCAGGUCAUCAUGACUGUGCUGGAAGUCUUCAAACACGAUCCGUUAUAUUCAUGGACGGCGAGUGAAGAGAAACUCCGGAACGCCCAGCGGGAAACGAACAAAAGCGGCGCCGGAGCUGAACAAGACGCCAGCGAGGGGUCCUCCAUUCAGCCGGUGCUGGUAGCAAACAAGGGUAAUGUAACACAAGAGUUGGCGGAUCGCACCUUGAGCUCCGUGGCACGAAAGCUCGACAAGUCUCUCAGUGUGGAGUUCACCGUCAACGAACUCCUUGCAGAAGCCAUGGAUCCAAAUAACCUUGGAGCCAUGUUUGUUGUUUUCAUCAAUCUAUACCCUGCAUAA